AUCAAAUACAGCUCGUGGUAACCCCUCGAACUACCAUCAUGGUACAAUGAGUAAGGGUGAAGGGAGUGAAAUGCCUCCGGUCUCCCAGAAAUACUCCCAGCUUUUCGACUAUGCAAAGACGCUGGAGCAGGAAAUCUUAUUUUUAAAAACGUUGAUUGACCCCGAUUCUGUGUACCAAGGGCGUCCUUUUUUCCAGGUCUUGCAUCGGAUGAGGGGAGGCGGCAAGAUUUUCUUUAGCCCACCAACAUGGAAGCAAGGUGUUGUUGACGGCGAGUUGCGGUACACUCUCCAGGAGCCCUCUCUUUCAAUGAAAGCAGAUGAAUACCUGAAGAGAAGUACGAAUUUGGCCUUCGUCAUCUACAAGACCUAUGACGACAAGGUCGGCAAUGAUAGUCAUCUGCAUUGCAAUAACCACGACGUCACACUUUCCGCGCCCGACCCUGACACAGAAACAGUAUCCUUCGUAUCAUGGAAGAUGGUACGGGCCAUGGAGAGAUUUCUGCAUAUACAGCCGGGCUACAGAAGGCUUUUCCCGGACCCGAUCUCGAGAGCAGAGAUAGAAGCCCCUUAUCUCUUCUGGUAUUGUUACCGAUCCUCUUUUGAAGCCGUCCAGAACUCUCUUUCAACUGCUGAUAAGCGCCUGGUACAACUGUUUGAGGAGUGGGCUACACCAAAUUACCAGGAAGAAUACGCGAGAGUAGAAGACCAGAUGCGCAGGGGAGUCAUCUCGCGCCUAUCCUUGAAAUAUCUCGUGAAACCAGGCACCAUUCUUGUAUCUAACAAUAAGGGACACCCUCAAGCCUACAUGGCUACAACAUGGGCGAUGCAAAACGCCGAUAAUGACAAAACAUGGCAUGUGUCAGGUUGGGCUUAUGAGUUUGACGGGGUAUUCUAUCGCCGAAACCAUACCUUGAAAGUCGAAAUAAACAACGAAGAUCCCACUGAAGAGGUUCAUUUACAUAGUUUGAAUGUUACACCAUUGGAAUAUGCCAGCUGCGAAGUGAGGCAAAAACUGAAAGAAAGAGGUACUACCUACUGGCAUGAAAGAUUUAUGAUCGACUUCCCCACUUAUCUGCAGCUCCAUCCACCUGAAGGACAGAAUCCGAAGAUCCUGCGGGAGCCAGGCGAAGAGAUUCCUCCUGAACGAAUGGACAUCGAUGAACCACCAUCUUCCCCGGAAAUAUUCCUAUUCCCGUCGACUGUGGUUGGAUAUAAUCUCCGCCGGAAGAAAUGGGUAAGCCUAGAGGUAGAUCGAAUACGUGAGGUCGAAUGGAACAAAGCUGCCUUUGACAGCUUGGUGAUAAAUCGAAACGCCAAAGAGCUUGUUCAAGCUUUGGUCACCAACCGGUUGGUGGCCGAAAAGGGAACAGACCCGAUCGAGGACAAAGGUAACGGACUGACGAUUUUACUACAUGGGGGCCCAGGUACUGGCAAGACGUUUACAGCUGAAAGUGUGGCCGAGUUUGCCGAGAAGCCCCUGUAUAGGGUGACCUGUGGAGAUAUCGGCACGCUUCCCGAAGACGUUGAACAGUAUCUCGAUUCAGCCCUCCACUUGGGUAAAAUAUGGGACUGUGUUGUUCUGUUGGACGAAGCAGACGUCUUUCUAGAGCAGCGCUCACUGUCGGAUCUACAGCGAAACGCACUUGUCAGUGUCUUUCUACGCCUGCUCGAAUAUUACGAUGGGAUCCUGAUCCUAACAAGCAAUCGUGUUGGGACCUUCGAUGAGGCCUUCAAGUCUCGCAUCCAACUGUCGUUGAAUUACCCGCCCCUCACGCUUCCGCAACGCAAAAAAAUCUGGCUAAACCUGAUCAACCGUCUCAGAAAACUCCAACAGCCGAACAUUGACUUUGAGGAUGUUGAGUGCUACGUCAGUGAGCUGGCAGAGAAGGAUAUGAAUGGCCGACAAAUCCGAAACGCCAUCACCACUGCUCGACAACUGGCCAAGUUCAAAGGCAGAGAUAUGUCAUACGAGGAUCUCAAGCAUGUGAUCGGCGUGGCUAGCGAAUUCGAUGAGUACCUGUUUGAGGUGAAGCAGAAGUUUACGGAUGAUGUGAUUGCGAGGGAGUCGGGUAUUAGAUAGGACCUGUACGGAGUAUCUCCCUCUUCUAUAUGGAGCAUUUUUCGCAUCAAUGCACACAUCACAUUGUAAGGUGUAUUUCAGUGACCAGAGCACGAAUGAUU